GGUGAGGCAAUGCAUCAUAAGAAAACGGCCAUGUCGUUGUGCUAGUAAACUGGUGGAAGAACGAACGAGCAAUAAUCUUUGUUAGAAGUGUGCAAACAGGACUAAAUAACGUAGCUAGCUACUUUCCAUAUACUUUUGGAAGAUAUAUAUUUAUUUCCCACACUCAAAUAAAAAGGAAGACGGUAUGAGUGGAGGGACACCCUACAUCGGGAGUAAAAUUAGCCUAAUCUCGAAGGCCGAGAUUCGCUAUGAGGGAAUUUUGUACACAAUUGACACCGAAAAUUCGACUGUUGCCCUCGCCAAAGUCCGCUCAUUUGGUACUGAGGACCGCCCUACUGACAGGCCAAUUCCACCACGGGAUGAAGUCUUCGAGUACAUAAUCUUCAGAGGGAGUGAUAUCAAGGACCUGACUGUUUGCGAGCCACCAAAAGCCACCAGCUCCCUACCUCAGGACCCUGCCAUUGUUCAAUCCUCUAUUGGAUCCACCAAUGCGCCACCCCCAUCAUUCCAGUCUGUGGGCUCAUAUGCACCCUUUAGCGGCAGGGCUCCUGUCCCCCCUUACAGCCAGUUUAACCCCAGCCCCCUGGUGUCCCAGCAGUUUGGAGUUGUCGGUGGAGGUCGCACCAGUCCCCAGCUGGACACUCUGAGGAAGAGCCCUUCCAUGGAGCAGGCAGUGCAGACGUCCCCCACCACUGCCCCUGCUGCACCUGCACCAGUGGGACAAAGGAGCCCAGCUGGCCCAUCAGCCAGGCCCAUCACUACCCUGGGCAACCAGAAGCCUCCAGACAUCCUGGAACAGAGGAGGGGCCCUGAGGUUCAGAAAGUACACAGAACAGAUUCCGAGCAAGGUGGUGGUGACAACCGGAAUCACCGUCAAUGUGCCGGUGGUCCUCCCCCUCAGCGCCGUGGUCGUGGAGGUGGUCACCGUGGAAGAGGCCGCUUCAACCCACACAGGGACGGUCCCAUGAAGUUUGAUCAAGACUUUGACUUUGAGACUGCCAACGCUCAGUUCAACAAGGAGGAGAUUGAAAAAGAGUUUCAGAGCAAACUCAAACUGAAAGACGACAAGCCUGAUAAACCAGAGAAGGCUCUUAAUGGAGAUGAAAAGGCAGAUUCUGGCGUGGAGACCCAGAACAGUGAAGGCAAUGCUGAGGAAGAGGAACCUGUGGUGGCCAACGUUUACUACGACAAGACUAAGUCCUUCUUUGAUAACAUCUCUUCUGAUGAUACAAGGAAAGCAGCUGAGCGAUCUGGAGGUUCAGGAUUCCCAAGAAGGCAGACUUGGGCUGAGGAGAGGAGGAUGAAUUCGGAGACCUUUGGCAUUCCACUGAGGCACAACCGAGGCCGAGGAGGCUUCAGAGGAAGUCGUGGCGGCGUGGGCUUCCGUGGGGGCAGAGGGCGUGCCAUGAGCAGAGGUUCCUUUGGACCCCCCCGCGGGGCCCCACCUGGCUUCAGGGGAGGAUUCCGAGGAAGCAGCAGAGGUGGCCGGGAGUUUGUUGAAUAUGAAUACAGGAAGGAUAACAAAGUGGCCGCGUAAGUGCACCAGAGAGAUGGAUCCACCAAGAAUUGUAGCCCUUCAUGGUCCAGAAAUAUUUGUCAAAAAGAUUGACGACAUACUCUGUAAAUUUCCCAUCAGCACUGGGGUUGACUGCUUGAUUUCAACGGGUGUGAAUGCAGUUUCUUUACCAAUUUCAUUUUUUUCUCCCAAAAAUACAACAAAGGAUUAUAAUGUGCUUUUGAGAAUUUGAGCAUUGUUUGAUAUUAUACAGUAAUCAGAGGGACAAGAACUUGUGUAAAUAUUGUACUCCAGUGGAAUUAUUCAGUAUUUUUGCAUCUAUUUGAGUUCCUUUCUUACUAAAAUUGUAUUUGAUAAUGUUCUGUUGUGUAAAGAUGUAUGCAGAAUCCCGCUGAUACUGUGAGUACUUUGAUCACUGAAAAAUAGCUUUAUUUUUGGGGGAUAUAUCCUGCAAUGUACCUUAGGAGCACUAAAAUCCUACAUAGCCUGUCGGGUCACAGUUUUUGUUUUUUAUAUUUUCGUAGUCUAUUUCUUAGUAGCCGUUUAUCCCGUGUUUUGACGUUCUGCUGUACUUUGCCAAGUUUCUUAAACUAUUGUUUCAGUGUUCCUGCUAAAAGACUAAAAUGUAAAUGUUCAUCAAGUAGAUAAGUGGUUUACAUCAUAGGCUCACUUUUGUUGUUGUAGAGAUCCUGCUUUCUAAUUAAGGUAGUCAGUUCAGACCUUUAAGCUAUUUAUACAAGAUCGGAGUAGGUCAGACAUCCUGAAAACAUUUUGGAGCGUUUUCACUAAUCGGGAUCAUUUGUUUUAUAAUCUUACUGAAUAUUGAAUGAAUGUAUUUCUACUGCAUCACGAUGUUAUUUCUGCCCCAAAAAUAUUUUGUGGUUGCCACUUCUGGUUUUAGAAAUGCAUAUGAAUGAAUUGAUUCGGAGCUUUUGGGAUGUUUUCUCUACCCGUAAGCAUGCCCUGUGGUUCCCAACACCUGUCAAUGCUGGUCACCAACUACAGGUCAUGUUGGGAAGGACUGCAGUCCUUGUGAUUCAGUGAUGGGGUGAGCUGCACAUAUUUGCUCUGGCAUAUUUUUUUGUUAACAUGUAGUGUUGGUGAAAAUUGCUCUUUUUAGUGUAGUCGAUGUCGUCAAAGGAGGCUUUUCUGCAACAAUCAUGGCUGAACUUGGAGCAUCAGUCAUUAGAAAUGUCUAUCUAGCCUUCAUUUCCCCAGCGCUUGAAUAUGAAAUAACUGCCAUGUUAUAACUAGCCGCUUAACAAGUGUCUAUGGUAUUAAAUCAUUGUUGACCUCUAAAUGUUUGCCCUGCAAGAGAAGAUGGCUGCUUCUGGCCUAGACUGCUGUGUAACCAGAUUGAUCUUGUCCCCAGUAUGGAAUAUGACUGGGAGUAUUGGGCUACUUAUUCUGUUUGUUUAAAAACAAUUUGCAAUUCAACCAGUGUUACUGAUGUAUGUUGACAUUUUUCUAGCAGACAAUCUUGCUUUGCCUGAUGGUCUAUUUUCAUGCUUGCCCCUUGUAUGGUGUUGCAUCUGAAAAAAAAUCUUGUGUGCUCAACUCGAAACAAAGAUGCUGGUGUUUUUUGUUUUUCAGUCCCACUAAUGUAACUUCAGUGAAUAAUAGUAUCAUUCACCAGCUGUAUUGACAUUGUAGUAGCCUGGCACACAAGUGAUUCUAACGUAAGCUUGUCCUGAAAAAAGAACAUCAAUUUGUUGGAGUGGCAAUAUGUUGGGGAGAGUAAGGGCUAUAUAACUUGGGAAAAAUCUUCAUCCAUCAGAGAUAAUAUUCUGCACAACUAGGUUUGAGUAUACAUUGAUAGAUUUAUUUCAAGUCCAACCGCUAAGUUUACAUGAGGUUGAAGGAAACAAAUUCACUUGUUGGAAGAAGUUAGAUGAAAAGUAGUGAAGUUACUCCAGGCCUUAAAACCAAUCUACUAAGCUUCUGGAAGAAUUCCUAGUGAUCCAAUUCCAGCAUUUGUAAUAAACCGCAUCGGUGCUUUAAGCUUGCAAUGUUUGUCCCUUUCCCCAUGCUUGGGGAAGUCUAUUGAGCACUGUCUAUUGUCCAGCACUUGCAGUUUGGAGGAUUGUCCAUAAAAUCAUACCUCUUGGGGAGAUUCAGAUUUUUUUUAAUGGGAUAUUUUCUUUUUAUAAGAUAAAGGGAUGUGAACUGGAUGUUGAGACCAGUGGAUAAGGGGUGGAUUUUUCAGCUGUUCUCACUUUUUGUCAGUAUGUUUGGGAGUGCUAGAAGGAGGGUUAUGCAUUUAUCUUUCUCUCAAUUGACCUACAGUAUGAUGACAAUAUGUAAGCUGUACUAUUUGAAAACACUACAAGAUAAACCUGAUCUAGAACAUAAAAAAAUGUUGGGCAGCUAGGCCAAUAUAUCCUGUAGUUCAUAAAUGUGCAGUUUGACUGAAUUGUUGUACAGAUUGAUAAUACAGAGCAAUGUAUGUCAGCCUUAGCCUCGUACGAAUCAUCCUGAUCCGUGAGCUCAGGAUGGCUUGUAUGGGGCUAUGGCAACCUUGCCUUGUGAUAAAACACAAAAUAAUGACUCCGAACAAGGAUUAUACACAGAAGCCUGGGCAGUUGCAAUAACCACAUCGGUGUAAGGUCCAGAGCUAAUUUGAGAUUUCAAACAGUACAUAUUGCUGUAAAGUUUUGAUUACAUUAGUUACUUCUUCCGACCUCUGGAAUAAUAAAGCCAGAUAUUGUUUCUAAAUAAGGCAGUUGAACAGCAUGGUGUACUUCAAGUGGGCCGACCCUCUGCAGACAGGUUUUUACUCUAUAAAAAUAAACAAUUGUUCAAUA